AUCACACAGCGCCACCGCGUGGUUCGUUAGGAAAGGAAAUCGAUUCCCCCGCAUCCGAUCUCUUCGGUGCUAGAGAAAUAUAGGCCGCCGCCUCCUCCUCAUUCGGUGAAAGGUGGGCGGUUAGGGUUGGGAGAUCUCUUGACUCACGACACGAGCAGCAGAAUUCGUCGAGGGCCGCUGGUUGCUGCGAGAGGUCCGGGCCUUCGUGGGAUCUUGAAAAUUGAAUGUUCUAAUGGAGUCCAAGGGUGGCAAGAAGAAGUCUAGCAGUAGUCGUUCCUCCCUGAUGUACGAAGCUCCCCUUGGCUACAGCAUCGAGGAUAUCCGCCCUGCAGGCGGCAUCAAGAAGUUCUCCGCUGCUUACUCGAACUGCGCGAGGAAGCCAUCCUGAUAUCUCUGUCGUCAUCCCCAUCCUAGUAGCGUAGAAACCACCUGCAUUUUCAUUUUGAUCUCCCUAAUCCCUCCGGCUAGCUGCUUUCCAGUGACCAAAAGAUAUCAAAGACCACUUCCCGUCUUCCUCCCGUGGCUGUCUGUCAUCUGGCUCUGAAACGAUGGCAGUCCUGCAAGUUGCUGCUGCUGCCCCUCCCCCUGUCUCUGUGAUUGGGUUCGAGGGAUUUGAGAAGCGCCUUGAGAUCAGCUUCUCUGAGGCACCUGUCUUGGCUGACCCCAGCGGAAGGGGACUGCGUGCGCUCUCGCGUGCCCAGAUCGACUCUGUUCUUGACCUUGCUCGGUGCACCAUUGUGUCCGAGCUCUCAAACGAGGACUUCGACUCUUAUGUCUUAUCUGAGUCGAGCCUGUUUGUCUACCCAUACAAGAUUGUGAUCAAGACCUGUGGAACUACAAAGCUUCUGCUCGCUAUUCCGAGGAUCCUUGAACUUGCUGAAGAGCUCCUGUUGCCACUCGCUGCAGUUAAAUACUCCCGUGGAACGUUCAUAUUCCCUGAAGCACAGCCUUCCCCACACAAGAACUUCGCUGACGAGGUUGCCUUCCUGAAUCGCUUCUUCGGUGGCCUCAAGUCCGGUGGCAAUGCUUAUGUGAUUGGUGACUCUGCGAAGCCCGGGCAGAAGUGGCACGUCUACUACGCCGCUGAGCACCCUGAGGAGCCUGUUGUUACUCUAGAGAUGUGCAUGACUGGGCUGGACAAGAAGAAAGCUUCUGUCUUCUUCAAGACCACUGCUGAUGGUUACUCGCUGUGCGCCAAGGAGAUGACCAAGCUCUCUGGUAUCUCGGACAUCAUCCCAGAGAUGGAGAUCUGUGACUUCGACUUCGAGCCCUGUGGCUACUCCAUGAAUGCUGUUCAUGGCCCUGCUUUGUCGACCAUUCAUGUGACCCCAGAGGACGGCUUCAGCUAUGCAAGCUACGAGGUCAUGGGCUUUAACCCGGGCUCUUUCUCUUAUGGUGACCUGGUUAAGAGGGUGCUGAGGUGCUUUGGUCCAACUGAGUUCUCUGUUGCCGUGACCAUCUUCGGUGAUCGGGACAAUGCGAAGACCUGGGGGACGAAACUGGAUGCUGAGGCCUAUGCUUGCAGCAACAUGGUUGAGCAGGUGCUGCCGUUUGGUGGCUUGCUCAUCUAUCAGAGCUUCACUGUUACGGCCGAAACGACCCAUGGGUCGCCGAGGUCAGUCCUGCAUGACUUCGCUGGUGACAUUGUCAAGAAUCGCUCAGAGAGUGAUGCUCCCUGGGAAGCUGAUGCUGUGGAUGAGAGCGAGGAAAGAGAUGUAAAGAAGAUGAAAUGCUGAUGUGGUCGACGAUAGAUCAGAUUCAGAGUUGCUGCCACUGGUUAUCUUGUGAAGCAGCCAAGCCUAAUUAUUUAUGCCACAUAACCUGUGCUAUUGUAAUGUGUCACAUGCUUAUAUUUGCAAUAAACAGCUCUAGGUGGUCAGCUUUGUCUGCCGCAAUGAGCAGUGUAUC